CUCAGAUUUAUUGUUUAUUAGAAAAUAAAUUUAGCGAGGCUUGGGCAAAUAAUUUCCAGGAACCUUUGAGCCUACGGGAUGCCUCGUUGUACACCCUAAAAUAAAAUGGGGAUACAUGCAGGAUAGGGAUGUAUAUUUUCAUUCUUAAAGGCCUCCGGGCAAGAUAUACCACUCAACGCGCCUUAUAUUACCAUGUCAGCUUUAGGCGAUACUCCUGAAGUAGCAGAAAUUCCCAGUGUUUCGGCAAUCCAGAUUGACCCCAGAGAGGCGAAGAGAGGACAGGAAUCUGACGACGAAGAUGCCGUGGCCCAGAUCAAGGCGCUGAAGAAGCAAAGGCUUCAGGAAAUGAGGCAAGAGAAGGAGCAACAAGACUUGGAGCGGAAGCAGGCGCCCAAGAAAAAUACCGCUGUGUACAUUUCACAGCUACCGGCGGAUGUAACCGAGGAAGAGCUUGUGGAGCUUUUCUCCAAGUACGGGGUUAUUGCCGAGGAUCUCAUUACCGGUGCCAAAAAGGUAAAGCUUUACCGGGAAGAGCAUGGGCUGGUAAAGGGCGAUGCAUUGAUUAUAUACCUCAAGGAAGAAAGUACCGACUUGGCGAUUGCCUUGCUACACGACACAGAGCUCCGGGUUAAUGGAAGCAAAAUCCAGAUUCGAAAGGCCGAUUUUUCGCAUAAACCGGCCCAGGCCGUAGAGAAGGAAGCUAAACGGUCAUAUGACGCCGAUGAAAAGAAGUUGAUUCAGAAAAGACUCCAGAAGCUCAAAAACAAGGUCGAGGACUGGGAGGGAGACGACGCGUACGCAAAGUCGCGCGAGGAAUGGCAGCGUGUCGUGGUGCUUGAAAACGUGUUUGAUAUGGGCGAGUUAGAGCGGGAUCCAGAGCUCGCCAGCGAGCUUGAGGAGGACAUGCGUGAGGGCUGUGGAUCUGUGGGCAAAAUCACAAAUGUGGUGCUCUAUAACCAGGAGCCGAGGGGAGUGGUUAAGGUGACGUUUACAAACAGAAGGGAUGCGGAAAAGUGUGUGGCUAGAAUGAAUGGGCGCAGUUUUGACGGGAAAAGGCUUGUUGCGUAUGUCUAUUCCGGGCAGCAAUUCAAGCGAAGUGGGUGAGCCAAGUCAGUUCUCUUCUGUCACUGAAAAUAUGAGAAUAGGAAAAUAUGAUAAUAGGUGAAUAGGGAACAGAUGAGCAAGAGAACAGAUGAGCAAGAGAACAGAUGAGCAAGAGAACAGAUGAACAGAAGAACAGCCUUGGUUCAAAGAUAUGGUUCGGCAGCUGCCAAGGAUAUAUCGGGGUUAUAUCUGAGGUAUAUAAAACUAGAUUAACGUUUUUUUACAUCUCGACAUCU